AGUAUAUCUAGCUUACAUUGAACAUAGGAUAUCCAACACCGAGAUGAAAAUACAUGUCCACAUGAUCUUCGAUUGCUCGAGGGUCAUAGCUGUCAUAGCUUUUUUACCGCUUUUUCUGAUAUUGCCUGAUGACGGCCCGAAUAACUUUAUAGAGCGGACCGAAACGAAAGGUUAGAAAAGGGAGUUCCGUUUUCUUCAUUACGGUAAUUCAAUUUUUGCACAUUACUGCGGGACUCCAUGCACCUGCUAAUUUCGGAGUGACGUCUUUGAGUAAUUCUUGGACGGAAUCCCACAGAGCUUCUAGAUUCAAAUGUUUUGCUUAAGAGUUACUGCUAUAAAGCAGUCUUAGAGAACAGUAUUACUUCUUGUUACAUCCCUUCAUCUUCUUCCUUACUCUAUUUCAACGUUUCUACAAUGAUUCGUGUUCUUACUUCAAUUAUCGCGUUCAUGUUGAUUUGCUCAACUGCACUUGGUUCAAGUACGUUGGUAACAAGAGGAGGUAUUCAUCUCGUAGCCGGUUUUGUUCCACCAGCAGCAGGAGGAGCAGAUAUGAUCCAUACGAUCGAUUUUCCUGGCCCUGUUACCGAUUACAAUAUUACCGGUGACGCAUAUGCAAAACAUUUACGUUCUUCAGCCACAUGUGAUAAAGUAACAAUCCAAGGAAAAGAUUAUGCUAAACCUCCUUGUGCAACAACGCUUAAAGAACAUCAUCAAAUCUUUACAAUUACUUGUAUCAAUGCGAAACAUGAUACAUAUGCAGAUAUUCAAUUUUUACCAACAGGUGAAGUAACGAUCAGUGGAAAAGGUAAAAUUUAUGGCGGUUUCACAAACGAUCAAACCCAAUUCCUUCAAUUGGUCAGAGGUCCAAAUGAUCAACUUAAGGCAAAAGGUGAAGACGUUGGCGUGAUUGUGAAUUGCGAAAACAACCACAGACGUGCUUAACGUGCACCUUUAUCAUCUGGUUCAUGGACUAGCUCAUAAUGAUAAUAUCAUUUAAGAUAUAUUUGAAAUGAGACGAUUUCUAGGACUUCCUGUGUGAGAUUGGCGAG